AUGUUGAGGGGAAAUUCAAACACAUGUAUGAUCCUAUCAAGCGCCUAUGGCUACGAUGUUUCAUCGUCUGAUGAGGAGCUAGUCAAGAUCGUAGAGGCCGCCAAUAAAGGACUCUGCCAGUCUGCGUUAGCCGGAAAUUUCUUUGUGAAUGUGAUUCCCUGGCUACAAUAUGUUCCAUCUUGGCUCCCUGGUGCUGGUUGGAAGCGUCAAGCUAACAAGUGGAGAGAAGAGAAAGAUAAAAUGUUACAUACACCAUUCGACUGGACCAGAGUUCAAAUGACGACUGGGACUGGGACACCAUCAAUGCUUACUAGCCUACUCUUGAAAUUAGCUAGCCAGAAAAAAGACCAGAAGGAACUCAAGGAAGAGGAGGAUCGAAUUAGAUGGACUGUAGGGACUAUGUUCAGCGCUACGUCGGAUACAACUGUCGCCGUGCUAUUGGUCUUUGUCCUUGCAAUGACACUCCAUCCAGAGGUACAACAUAAUGCCCAGAUGGAGCUUGAUGCUCUACUGGGAGGAGGCCGACUACCGGAGUUAGCCGAUAGACCAUAUCUACCUUAUAUUGAACGUGUCAUUAAGGAGGUUUGCAGGUGGCGCCCGGUUACACCGCUAGCAAUCCCACAUAGGUGCAUAAAGGAUGAUUAUUACAAAGGAUAUCAAAUUCCACAGGGAGCAAUGGUAAUUGGUAACGUCUGGUCAGAUUGGUUGCCUUCUGUAUUGUUGUAG